UUCCGUUACCUUCGAGAUGAAGGGAGCUUUAUUUUUGCUGAAUUUAUCUGUUUUAUCUGUGGUCAUACGAGGGAAACAUGUAUGUAAAGUUCCCCAAAGCAAAAAUCGAAUUGAUUGAAAUAAGAUACCAAGAAAUUGGUAUCUUGCAUUCGACAAUGGAGAUCCUAUUACGAGUGACUUGGAAUGCAAAACAGCUCUAAACAUGAAGUUAACGAAAACUGGAUUCAAGUUUACCGGAAAAUAUUUUGUGAACGGAAAAAAAGAGGGCGAAGUGGAAGUAACCAAAUACCUUCAACCCAAUGGAAACUACAAUAAUCGUCUUCCAAAAGGAAAAUAUGUUUACAAUUGUAAUGGAAAAUUGAACAAUAAAGCUGUUAUCGAAGCAAAUCAACUGAACAGUCGCGAAGGCGAGACAUUUCACUUGACGGACAAUGAAUCUUACUUCUUUCACAUUAGAUGUGAUGAAAAAGGUGGUUACAUCAUACGGGCUUUCACUGCGACUCCUAAUGCAGUUGUUCCAACCAUUAUCAGAGCUAUUAACAAUCUCAGCGAUUUUGGAAUUCGACCGAAAUUCAAGCUUUCAGGAUGUUCCGACAAGUCGAUUGAUUUUACAAAAUAAGAUAAAAAUUGACAUGACAGACUUUGAGUAAAUAUGCAGACUUAUUGCAACAUCUCUAUAUAUUAUGAGGAAUUGUUAGCAUGUUCAGAGUACUUUGUACAUAUGCAAGC